UUCUUCAGGUGGCCUCCAGCCACAGCCUUAAGCUGCCUUCCCCGAGGGCCCCCGAGGGCCCAGCCCUGUCCAACUGCUUACAAUACUCUACCUGACUCAGCUGUCUCUCUCAGUCUUGCUGUGGAGCCCAGGCUGGCCUGGAACUCGCAGCGACCCCCCUGCCUCAGCCUACCGAGUGCUGGGAAGACAGGCGCGCACCACCCCGCUGGCUCCUCAGUGGGUUCUGCUUCACAGGGAAAGUUGUGCUCUUGGUUCCGGAGGUACAGGAAACACCGUUUCUUUCCUCUUCUCUCCACCCAGGUGGUGCUGGAGUGGAGCCGAGACCAGUACCACGUCCUGUUCGACUCCUACAGGGACAAUGUGGCCGGGAAGUCCUUCCAGAGCCGGCUCUGCCUGCCUGUGCCCAUCGACGUGGUUUACACCUGGGUGAACGGCACAGACCUGGGGCUGCUCAAGGAGCUACAGCAGGUCCGGGAGCAGAUGGAGGAGGAGCAGAAGGCCAUGAGAGAAAUCCUGGGGAAGAACACGACAGAACCCACGAGGAAGAGCGAGCAGCCGCUGGAGUGCCUGCUGACCCACUGCGUCAAGGUCCCCAUGCUGGUCCUGGACCCCGCGCUGCCGGCCCACAGCUCCCUGAAGGACCUGCCUGCCCUGUACCCCGCCUUGCGCGCAGCCAGCGACCUCUUCCACGUGGCCAAGCCCAAGAACCCUUCCACCAACGUGUCUGUGGUCGUCUUCAACAGCGCGGGGGACGUGGAAGACGCCCACGCGGGGCUGCUCCGGGGCGGCAGUAAGCAGACGGUCUGGAGGGGCUACCUGACGACCGAUAAAGAAGUGCCUGGGCUGGUGCUGAUGCAGGACCUGGCUUUCCUGAGCGGAUUCCCGCCAACCUUCAAGGAGACGAGUCAGCUGAGGGCCAAGCUGCCGGAGAGCCUGGCUGCUAAGAUCCGGCAGCUGCAGCUGUACUCUGAGGCCAGUGUCGCGCUCCUGCAGCUGAACAACCCCAAGGGCUUCCAGGAGCUGAGCAAGCAGACGAAGAAGAACGUGACCAUAGAUGGCAAGGAGCUCACGCUCAGCCCCGCGUACCUGCUGUGGGACCUCAGCGCCAUCAGCCAGUCCAAGCAGGACGAGGAUGUCUCUGCCAGCCGCUUCGAGGACAACGAGGAGCUGAGGUACUCGCUGCGCUCCAUCGAGAGGCACGCGCCGUGGGUCCGCAACGUAUUCAUCGUCACCAACGGCCAGAUCCCGUCCUGGCUGAACCUGGACAACCCCCGCGUGACCAUCAUCACCCACCAGGAAGUCUUCCGGAACCAGAGCCACCUGCCCACCUUCAGCUCCCCGGCCAUCGAGAGCCACAUCCACCGCAUCCAGGGGCUGUCGCAGAAGUUCAUCUACCUGAACGACGAUGUCAUGUUCGGUAAGGACGUGUGGCCGGACGACUUCUACAGCCACUCCAAGGGCCAGAAGGUUUACCUGACGUGGCCCGUGCCCAACUGCGCCGAGGGCUGCCCGGGCUCGUGGGUCAGGGACGGCUACUGCGACAAAGCCUGCAACAACUCGGCCUGCGACUGGGACGGCGGCGACUGCUCGGGUACGGCUGUGCGGCCCGCGUGCGUGCGCUGCUCCCCUCUGCCGCCAAGAGCGCUUUCUCGUUGGCGGCUCCCCGCGGUCCUGUUUGGACUCGUAAGGAGCCUCCUUGCCUCCCCAGACCACUUUCACGAGCUGUACAAGGUGACCCUUCUCCCGAACCAGACCCACUACAUCCUCCCCAAGGGCGAGCGGCUGCCGUACUUCAGCUUCGCGGGCAUCGCCCCCAGGGCCGUGGAGGGCUCGUACGGCGACAGCCCGCUGAUCCGGCACGCGUCCAUCGCCAACAACGCCGGGGGAGGAGGCGAGGGCGCGGGGCUCGGGAGGAAACUGCAGCAGCUGGCCGGGAGUGACCCGGGCUUCCUGCCCUGGGAGAGGAGGAAGUACUUCCAGGACCUGCUGGACGAGGAAGCGGCGCUGAAGACCCAGCUGGCCUACCUCGCCGACGGCAGCCGCGCCGGCCGCCAGCUCAAGGACACGUUUGCGGACUCGCUGCGCCACGUGAACAGAAUCCUCAACAGCAAGUUCGGCUUCGCGUCGCGGAAGGUCCCCGCGCACAUGCCGCACAUGAUCGACCGCCAGGUCAUGCAGGAGCUGCAGGACAUGUGAGAGUUCGACAGGACGUCUUUCCACAAGGUGCGCCACCCCCAGGACAUGCAGUUCGCCUUCUCCUACUUCUACUACCUCAUGAGCGCCGUGCAGCCCCUGAACGUGUCCCAGGUCUUCGACGAGGUGGACACGGACCGCUCGGGCGUCCUGUCGGACCGCGAGAUCCGCACGCUGGCCACCAGGGUGCACGAGCUGCCGCUGAGCCUGCAGGAUCUGACGGGUCUGGAACACAUGUUAAUAAACUGCUCAAAGGUGCUUCCUGCGAACGUCACUCAGCUGCACCGCGUGCCGCCCACCCAGGAGGCUUACUACGACCCCAACCUGCCCCCAGUGACCAAGAGUCUGGUGACCAACUGUAAGCCAGUGACUGACAAAAUCCACAAGGCCUAUAAGGACAAAAACAAGUACAGGUUUGAGAUCAUGGGGGAGGAAGAAAUCGCUUUCAAAAUGAUCCGCACCAACGUCUCUCACGUGGUUGGCCAGUUGGACGACAUACGGAAAAACCCCAGAAAGUUUAUCUGCCUGAAUGAUAACAUUGACCACAGCCACAAGGACGCGCAGACCGUGAAGGCCGUGCUGCGGGACUUCUACGAGUCCAUGUUCCCCACGCCAUCCCAGUUCGAGCUGCCCCGGGAGUACCGGAACCGCUUCCUGCACGUGCACGAGCUGCGGGAAUGGUAUGGCUCCACUUGGUGCUUCUUCUGAGAGCACAGAAUUCGUACGCAGUGUGUUUGGUUUGGGCUGUUAGAGACAAGGCCUCACCCCCUAGCCCGGGCUGGCCUGGACCUUGGGGGGAAUCCUCCCGCCUCAGUCUCCCAGGUACUGGGACUGCAGGUGUGCGCCUCCACGCCUGCUUUUAAUGCUUGAAAGACAGUGGCCUUUCUGGUUUAGCUGGAGGUCGGUCGCGUAGCACUCAGCUGUCUGCUGCCUGGCAGAGG